AUGUCUCUCAUGGAAGAGAAGAUUGGUACCAACCAGAUUGAGCGCGUCGAAUCCUCCGACUCGGCGAAGCACAACAAUGAUGCUAUCAACAGUUUCACCCCCGAGGAGCAGAAGAAGAUCAUCCGAAAGGUCGAUUUCCGCCUGAUUCCCACCCUCGGUUGCAUGUACUGUGUCUCUCUGAUGGACAGGACCAACUUGGGUGUCGCUAUGGUUGCUGGUAUGGGUGCCGAUCUCAAGCUCACUGGCGAGCGUUACAGCAUUAUCGUUUUGUUGUUCUUCAUCACAUACGUUGCCCUGCAGCCUCCUGCGACUGUUGUUCUGCGCAAGCUUGGCCCACGAGUCUUCCUCCCGUCGAUCGUCAUCAUCUGGGGAGCUGUCAUGAUUGGUUUCGGGUUCGUCAAGGAGUGGCACACUCUCAUCCCUCUUCGUUUGCUGCUUGGUAUCUUCGAAGCUGGUUUUUUUCCGGGCUCAGCUUACCUACUUUCAUGUUGGUAUAAGCGAUACGAAUUACAGAAGCGCAACACCAUGUUCUUCCUCAUCGGCAUGCUGUCAUCUGCCUUCUCAGGAAUUCUCGGCUAUCUCUUCUCCCUCCUCCAGGGCCAUGGCGUUCAGGCCGCCCCCUGGCUCGGUGUUCACCGUGGUCCUACAAAGGCUAAGCCCCUGACUCCGGUCUCUUUCGGACCUGGUCUGUCUGGCUGGCGCUGGAUCUUCAUCCUCCAGGGUGUUCUCACUGUACUCAUCGGCUUCAUUGGAUGGUACUUUAUCGUCGAUUUCCCCGAGCUUGCCCACAAGCCCGGCAUGGGAAAAAAGUUUCUCAACAAGGCCGAGGUCGACUUCAUCGUAGCUCGCAUCGAGCAGGAUCGCCACGACGCCCUUCCAGAGGAGUUCAACCUCAAGAAGUACCUCAGCAACGCACUCGAUCUUAAGGUCUGGGGCUUCGCUGUCAUCUUUAUGCUCACAACGACCAUUACCUAUGCCAUCGCCUACUUCCUGCCUAUCAUCCUCAAGGAUGGUAUGGGCUUCAGCACCGCUGCAGCCAACUGCCUGAUCGCGCCUCCAUACGUCUUUGCCGGAAUUGUCAUGAUGUGCUUUGCGUGGCUCGGCGACAAGUACAGGGUUCGCUCAGUCUGGGUGAUCGCCAACGGUGUCAUGGCCCUCGUCGGCCUCCCCAUGAUUGGUUUCUCCAGCAACGUCGGCGUCCGCUACACUGGUGUCUUCCUCGCCACCGCCGCCGCCAACUCCAAUGUUCCCGCCGUUUUGACAUGGCAGGCGAACAACAUCCGCGGCCAGUGGAAGCGUGCUCUUUGCUCUGCUACUCUCGUCGGUGCUGGUGGCUUUGGCGGUAUCAUCGGAGGCACUGUUUUCCGAACUCAGGAUUCGCCUCAUUACGUUCCCGGCAUCACUGCUUGCAUGAUUGCUGCUGGUCUCAUCGUUGUGGUUGCUCUGCUUAUGGACUUGAAGUUCUGGAGGGCCAACAAGCGCGCUGAUGCUGGUGGCAAGAUCAUCGAGGGUCUUGAGGGCUUCAGGUACACCUUGUAA